AUGGCUUCCCUUAUGGCUAGAGCCCCUACGUGCAUAACGGCUACUGUGCAUAUGACCGAAUAUGAUAAACCCUUUAUCGGAGAGCUCAGCUUUUGGCACUUUAAUUUGAUCCUGUCCGGCGCUAGCACAGCAAUUGUCUGGGUGUUAAUGUUUAGUUUAAUGGCGGAGCAUGCAUGUCAUCUCAGCAACCCAGCAGAACAGCUCAAGAUUAUGAGAAUCAUCAAUAUGCUGCCGUCCUAUUCAAUGGUCUCAUUCGCUUGCAUCCUCUGGCCCGAAGCCUACGUCUAUCUGAGUGGAUGGGUCGAGGUUUUCCAGGCAAUCGCGCUUUACGCCUUUCUCAUGCUGCUCAUUGAUUUCCUUGCGCCAAGUGACGAAGAACGCAUCUCGUUUUUCGCAUCUCUCCGGGUGAGAAAGACGUUUAAAAAGGAUAAAUACAGAGAGGGACUUUCCUGGCUCAAGCUCUCCUAUUACAGCGUGCUGCAGUACCCAUUCGUCGUUUUAAUUUGCGCCAUCGCUCAAUGUGUCCUUCAGUCAUUUGGUGCCUACUGCCUCGAUUCCGACUCGCCCUUGUUUGGCCAUAUCUGGACCGAAGUUUUCGCCAAUCUUUCCGUUUCGUUCGCUAUCAAUGCCAUCAUCAGAUUCUACCAAAAUACCAAAGAUUACAUCAAGGAACAAAAGCCUUUGCUAAAAUUGCUAUCCUUCAAGCUCAUGGUUGGACUAAUCUUUUUGGAACAAAUUGCUUUUAUGGUUCUUGAGGCAACAAAAGUUCUUUCACCAACAGCGUCAAUCAGCUACGCGGAUAUCAAAAUCGGAUUACCCAACCUGAUCAUCUGUGUCCAAAUGGUGCCAUUUGCCUUUUUCAUUCGCUACGCUUUCAGUGCCAAGCCCUACAAGCUGAACAGCAAAAUGCUCAAUGAAGAUUCCGAGAUGGGCGAUUUAGAUAAACUACUCAGCGGUCCUCUAGGAGGAAACAGACUGGGCAGGAAAUUCCAGCAGAGAUCCUACCAAGGUGGGCCUGGAGGAAUCUCCGCGUGGCUUGCCUACUUGAACCCGUUUGAAAUGAUCCAAGACGGGAUCGGCAUGUACAAGCUGUUGCAAGAGGUUCGCAUUAGAAAGCAAACCGUGGAGGCUUGCCCAGAUCCCGAGCCCACGGCAGGCGAUGUAAACAUCGCACCUCAGGAUGACGAACACCCUGCUGCGCACGACUCACAACCUAUGACCCAGUCUGAACAAACAACCGCUUAUUCGCCACUAAACACGCAAUACGAGCAUCCGAUGGAGAAUUUGGCAGCAGGACACAACUAUAGUUAUCCUGCUACGCAGUACGGGCAAUCCACGGAAUAUGGCCAGCCAAAUACGAGAUAUGAUGACUACACGUCCAACACAGAAUAUCGCCGAACAAAUUACUAG